UUAAAAAAUUGAUUUUUUAAUGGUAGAGCAAUACCAGAAAACUACCAAAAUCGAUUCAUCACUGAUAUAACAGAAUGAACACCUAUAAGAUACAGGCUGUUUUCGAGACCAAGCAUGGAAGACCAGAUUAUGAGUCCGGGAAAUACAAUAUUGUGAAUUGAUAAGAUGGAAUUUCAGUAAUUUUAAAAAUGACAU